CUGACAGGGGACGAGUUCAUGCCGAUGCUCAUUCAGCAGCGAUGGAGCCAAAUCCGACGUCUCCUCCACCAUGCCUUCUCCGAAUUCUUCGGGACUAUGAUAAUGAUGCUCUUCGGUAACGGGGUGGUAGCGCAGGUGCUGCUCAGUCAGAAAGAAAAAGGCGAGUAUCAAUCGAUCACCUGGGGCUGGGGACUAGGCGUCAUGCUCGGAGUCUACGUCUCCAGCCCGUCAGGCUCUCACCUCAACCCAGCCGUUACCCUGGCCAGCUGCCUGCUCCGCCGCUUCCCCUGGCGCCAGUUCCCGAUCUACAUCCUCUCCCAGCUCCUCGGCGCCAUGUGCGGAGCAGCCAUCGUCUAUGCCAACUACCGCUCCGCUAUCGACGUUUACGAGGGCGGAUCCACGAUCCGGACAGUGCCAGGCUCCUCCCCCACCGCCACCGCAGGCAUAUUCAGCACCUACCCUGCGCCCUUCAUGACGCGGACCGGCGCCUUCUUUUCCGAGUUCAUAGCAAGUUCCAUCUUGAUGUUUGGAAUCUUCGCCAUAAAGGAUAAUACCGAGCACGAGCCCGCCAAAAACAACCACCAACAUAGCAACCCAAAAGACAGCAGCGACAGUACCUCUGUCCCAACGACCACCACACCACCAGCAACCACCCCCCGUCUCCCUUUUACGAUGCCGCUAGCCAUGUUCUUCCUCAUCUUCGGUAUCGGCGCCUGCUUCGGCUGGGAAACCGGAUACGCGAUCAACCUGGCUAGGGACUUUGGGCCUCGACUAGUGACAUAUAUGAUCGGAUACGGGACUGAAGUAUGGAAGGCGGGGGGGUAUUACUUCUGGAUCCCAAUGAUCGCCCCCUUCCUCGGCUGCACCUUUGGCGGCUGGCUCUACGACGUCUUCCUCUACACCGGCACCGACAGCGUGGUCAACGACUCCCCGCUUCUGGGUCUGGGCCGGCUUCUUCAACCUUUGAGCGGGUUUGGGGGAAGGUACAAGACUCAUCUGCCUUCUCGUCGGCGAAGGCGGCGUCAGGUCCGGGCUGAUGCGGAAGAGAGUCCUGUUUGAUUGGGUAAAGACCAAGGCCGGGGGGAAUUGGGACCGGAGAGAAGAGCAGUAAAAGAGAUGGGUGUUGAUUUCAUGUGCGUCUAGAGUAUGAGUACGUGAUGGGAUUUAUUUUUCGCUCUUUUGAUGAUUUCUUUAGAAAGGAGUCUAUGUGUGUGUGUGUGUCUGUCUGUUUCUCUGUUGUCUGUCUGUCUGUGUGUGUUUGUG